UGAUGCAGUUUUUGGAGUGAAAGAGGAGGAGGGGGAGAUGACUGUCACAUUGAAAGAGGAGGAGGAGACAGGAGAUCUGAUUAAGACCAGAGAGAGACCAGACUCUCCCUCUGACAGCAGGAAGAGUCCUUCAGGGGAACCAGACCCAGAGACGCCCAAACCAGCCAAACGACAUCACUGCUCCUACUGCGGAAAGAGUUUUACUAAGAUACGAAAACUAAAAGAGCAUAAGAGGACACACACAGGAGAAAAGCCUUUCCAAUGUUCCCAGUGUGGAAACAGUUUUAGUCAGUUAGGGAGCCUGAAAAGACAUAAGAGAAUACACUCUGGAGAGAAGCCUUAUCACUGCUCCCACGGUGGAAUGACUUUUAUCUGUUUAGGGAGCCAGAAGUUACAUGAGAGAAUACACACAGGAGAAAAGCCCUACGACUGUUCCCACUGUGGAAAGAGUUUUAGGUGGUUAGAAGGCCUGAAAAGGCAUGAGAGGACGCACACAGGAGAAAAGCCUUUCCAAUGUUCCCAGUGUGGAAAAAGUUUUACUCAGUUAGGGAGCCUGAAAAUACAUAAGAGAAUACACUCUGGAGAGAAGCCUUAUCACUGCUCCCACUGUGGAAUGACUUUUACCUGUUUAGGGAGCCAGAAGUCACAUGAGAGAAUACACACAGGAGAAAAGCCCUACGACUGUUCCCACUGUGGAAAGAGUUUUAGGUGGUUAGAAGGCCUGACAAAGCAUGAGAGGAUGCACACAGGAGAAAAGCCCUACCAAUGCUCCCACUGUGGAAAGAGUUUUACUCAGUUAGGGAACCUGAAAUCACAUCAGAGGGUACAUACACAGGAGGAGAAGACAUACCACUGCUCUCAUUGUGGAAAGACAUUUUCCCAGUCAGAGGACCUGAAAUCACAUGAGAGAAUAGAGAGGCUGUGUUCUGACUUAUGUUUUUGACUGAGAAUGUGUGUUUUUGUUCUUGCCAAAUGAAAUCAUAUUGUUUAUAUGAAAUCAUAAAAAAACAUAGGUUUACUUUUGUGGAUGUUUUUUCAUCUGGAGACAUGAUCAUGUCUAAAAUCAGAAUCAAAUCAAAGUUUACCUUACUGUGAAAUGCUUACUUACAGGCCCUAACCAACAGUGCGAUUUUAAGUAAAAAAUAGGUAUUAGGUGAACAAUAGAUAAGUAAAGAAAUAAAAACAACAGUAAAAAGACAGUGAAAAAUA